UAUCUAUGACGUGUAACAACUUCCGCCGUCGACGUCAUCGCUGUCAGCCACCAUGGCGGUGUCCUGUGUGAGGACAUGUGUGGGAUCUAUUUUGGUUAAAAGUGUGAAAAGCAGCUCGAGUUUGAACACAGUCACCUCGCAGCUGAGCCGACAGGUGCUAAGCAGGCAGAUAUGUGUGAGCUCUGCCCUCCACAGAAAGAACCUGGCGGCUGCAGGACCAGAGAAGUUCACGGUGGAGUUCAUCCAGAAGCAGGUGGAGGAGUAUAACAUCGGGAAACGACACCUGGCCAACAUGAUGGGAGAGGACCCCGAGAACUUCACCCAGGAGGACAUAGAUAGGAGCAUCGCCUACCUCUUCCCCUCCGGCCUGUUUGACAAGAAAGCCCGGCCCCUCAUGAAGCAUCCAGAGGAGAUAUUUCCGAGGCAGAGAGCUGUCCAGUGGGGAGCAGACGGGCGGCCGUUCCACUUCCUGUUUUACACCGGCAAACAGUCCUACUACUCCCUGAUGCAUGAAAUGUUCGGCAAAAUCCAGAAGCUAGAGAAGCACCAAGAUCGCCUGAGAGCCAAGGGGCUCUUCUCCCAGGAUGUCAAGCAGAUCUCUCUAGGAACAAGCAGGUGGCUCACGAAAGAGGAACUGGAAGUUUUGCUGGUCGAAGACAUCUCCGUUCAUGAUUACAACCACUUCAUCCAGCUGAUGGAGCGCCUGUUAUCCAUGCCCUACUGCGCCACAGAGGAGGAAUUCGUCCUGCGUUACCGCCGGCAACUUGAAGCCCAGUCCAGGCAGCAAAUGGUGCCGCUUCUGGAGCGAGAUGACAGGGGCGUGGCCUUCAGCACCUCAAACGGUCGGAGGAAGACGUCGACCUCCACUGUGGUUCUCAGAGACUGCGGCUCCGGACGCGUCACCAUCAAUGGCACAGACUACCUGCACUACUUCUCUGUACUACUGGACAGGCAGCAGCUGAUGUUCCCGCUCCAGUUCAUGGGCAUGCUGGGACGCUUUGACCUGGAGUGCACCGUGAGCGACGGCGGGCGGUCCAGCCAGGCGGGGGCGCUGCGGCUCGCCAUAUCUCGGGCCCUGCUCAGCUUCCUGUCUGAAGGGGAGGGGGAGAUCAUGAGACAAGCUGGUCUGCUGACCCCCGACCCCAGAGUGAGGGAGAGGAAGAAGCCGGGUCAGGAGGGAGCACGAAAGAAAUUCACCUGGAAGAAACGCUGAGGAGGAGAAAUCACCCUCCCCUGAACUCUAAUAUGAAACAUUCAGACGGACUUCUGGUGGUAAUAUUCCCCCAGUUCACCUGAUUCCUUGUCAGUGGUUUAUUUAAGCUCUUGGAGGAACACAAUCGGAGAUGAACAGGCCGCCAUUUUUCAAUAUGCAGCCCAGACUGAACAAGCUGCAGUGAGCCUCUUCAGCCACCAGAUGGAAGUGUGUGUCAAGGAAUAAGAUGUAUGUGUUUAUCAAUGUAUUAAACAAUAAAUAAGGUUUUCAUAUAAAUAUA